AUAUGCGGGCAUAAUAGGUGUAUAUACUGUCUAUCCGGUUGUCUAUUAAAGACCAGCAAACUGGAAUUGAUUCGACAAGCUUAUAAGUAAGAUUGUACCAUGUGCAGGCUGGUGAUCAGUUCCCAUUUCUCAACCGACUAUCGCCGUGUUUGAAACGAGGUUGGAAUUCGAAGCAAGUGCUAGAUAGCAAAGAUCCGGGGAUCAUGGUGAAUAUAACAUGGCGUCCGGUGGUCCAAGUUACGCUUCUUGUUAUGUGUGCUGCGAUCCCGGCUCUCGCUUUCAACGCCUCGACCUUGACCAUGGAAACAUUCACCAAUGAGGUUCUCAAGGACGUCCUAGGUCACUACGUCAAGGUCGCCUCAGAUCUGCUAGAUCUGUUGAAGACCCCUAAUGUGACGAUCACCGUGAGCUCACGAUGCUUGGCGGACGCGAAGCUGACCCUUCAAAAGGUCAAAGAGAAAGAUGAUACGGCUCUAAAUAUCCUGGAUUCCUUUGGUAAACCUCCCCCGGGAAUAAAGUAUGGUUAUCUGAUAUGGCUUGGUUCAUUUGACCAGUGCAGGACCUCCAAAGGUUUCAGGACAGCUGUCCCGAUAAAGGAGGAUGAGCGGGACGUAAUACCGGAUAAUGUAUAUUGCCAGUCCGAAAUAGCCUACCCAGGGACCAAAUAUGAAAAAGAGAAGCAAUUUCGCUUGAAGAUUGCACUUUGCAUGCCAGAAAGCUGUAAAUCUGGCGACGAUGUCAGAGGUUUAACCCGUAUCGGGAUGCAGGCAAUUGAAGGGUUGUCGCUCCAGGAUGAGACGACCUUCCGAGUAACAAAGAGUUGGUGUUCUAGAUAUGGUCUCACGCUUUCAUGGCCAGCCUAUUUAGCAUUCUUUUUGUUAUUCAUCGUCAUUGUUUUGGUCAUCGUGGGGUCAAUAUAUGACAUUGUGCUCCGGAAUCAAGCAACGGGCGGCUGCUGCAGCAGACAAAAUGAAAAGAAGCAGACGAUGGAUUUGGAAAUGAGGCGGUCAGAACCAUCAACGCAAAAUAGCAUCUACAGUGAGACGGAAGAGGUGGGGGAAGCGACCAGUGACGGCAAAGGAAGAGAGGAAAACAAGCCACCCGAUUGGACAAAACUUAGCAUCCCUACACAAAUGGUGCUGGCGUUCUCGUUGGUGACCAACGGAAAGAAGAUACUAGCCACACAUCAACCGGAUGGCACUUUGACAGUAAUCCACGGGAUCCGCUUCUUUAGCAUGCUAUGGAUCAUCGAGGGCCACACCCUCUUCUGGCUGCAGAUCACGCAGGGUUGGGCAAAUCCACGGGAAGUUGAGGCAAAGGCUGAGUCACCAUAUUACCUGACUAUGAUGUUUGGUGAAUUCGCAGUGGAUACAUUUUUCCUACUCAGUGGGACCCUUAUGUCUUACCUUUUCCUACCUGAAAUGAGAAGACGAGGCGGCCCAAGGAAAAUCAACUGGGUGUAUUACUUCUUCCAUCGCUGGUGGCGGCUGACUCCAACUCUAUGGCUGGUGAUGUUAACAUAUUUGUUCGUGUUCCCGAUGUUUUAUGAUGGUCCAAACUGGCCACAGCAAGACGGUGGUGCUGAGUGGUAUUGUCUCAGGAAUAUAUGGGCGAACCUUCUGUAUAUCAACAACUAUAUUGGUGGCUGUAUGGGUUGGACGUGGUACCUGGCCUGCGAGUGGCAGUUUUACUGUGGAGCUCCCAUAAUUAUGUGUUGCUUUCAUCGAUCCAGGAAGCUUGGACUCGCAAGCAUCAUAGUCUGUGUUGCGUGGCAGUUCUUCAGUAUUUUCUUACUCAUUAUGUUCACCGGAGACUACAGCGAUGAUGGUUUAGUGUAUUACUCAGGUUCCGGCCGAAUUGGUGACUACGCCAUAGGCCUUGGCUUGGGCUACCUUCUUAGAAAGUACAGGAAAAGUGGCAUUAGAAUUAGCAGGGGCAAACAAGCCCUGUCGUGGUGUAUGCUUGCCGUCGUUUGGUACCCGAUCAUGGUUCCUUGGCAUACGGUGCUGGCACCCUUCACGACCUUUCUGCCACCGUAUGUGGUCCCCGGCUUCUAUAUUGGAAUAAAGAGAUGGUGGUGGACCGUCGGCGUCGCCUGGAUCAUCUUCGCCUGCUCUACGGGAUACGGAGGGUUUAUCAAUACAUUCCUGUCUUGGUCAGCGUUUAUCCCGCUGAGCCGGCUGACCUACUGCGCCUACCUGUUACAUCCCAUACUCAUGUACGUCUACCAGUACGGGCAGAGGACACUGUUCCAUGCCACUGAUCUUACCAUACACUACCUUAUCACGGGCCACCUCUUCAACACGUAUUGUCUCUCCUUCUUCGUUUCCUUGGCGCUGGAGGCCCCAAUGAUAGCACUCGAGAAGGUCUUCAUGCAAUGUAAAUGCUGCAAGCCUUGCUGCACGUGCUGCAAGAAAGAAGACCGAGUUGGCGAUGGCGCCGAUGGCGCCGAUCCUGAAGCUGGUGAAAUGCACCAGCAGGAGAAUGACAAAGCGAUGAACAGCGACAAACGUGAUUGAUCCGUGUUUCCUUGGCAUUCGAGGCAUCGUUGAUUUAGAAUAUAGGGAAAGCCUUCAUGCAAUGUGGAUGAAACAGAACGAGUGCUGAAGGAAACAAGCAUAUACCUAAUAUACUUGUUUAGCUCUAUUGUCUUCGGGUGCUGGUGGAACAUGUUGUAGUCUGGCCUGUGCACAGCCGGUGUGCAAGGGAUAGUAGUCCUAGGGCUGAUAGUCCGUGUAACAAUAGCCCGCAUUGCUAAAUGUUUUGGUUAGGGUUAGCGGUACAAUAGAUCAUGCUGCUUAAUUGGUCAAAUACAAUGCUACCGGACUAUGACUCCAGGGGGACUAUAUCCGCUGUGUGCACAGCCGGUGUUGGAGACUUGCACUUGGACUUGACCGUACCAUGGCGUCAUAGGCAGGGUUGAUGUAAAGUAGUGGGAGAACUAACUGUAAAUAUAUUUAUGUAUGAUCAUGUAAAUCCAUUUUAAUCUUGAAUCUAUUUCAACAUGAAAGAAUCUUAUGAAAUGUCGAUUGUAAAUUAUUCUUGAUACCUUGUGAAAUAAGCGAUUCAACAAGAUCUAAAACGCCGAUCCCCUGUAUUAUUCAUUGUCAUUCUUUGAUGUAAUAAAAUCGUUUGUCUUUGAAAACUAAAAAAGCUGGCCACAUUAGAAAGAAAGUACGUACAUGUAUAUAUUUCGUGACAAAUUAAAUCUUUUUAGAGUAA